GGAGCAGGGCGGGGCUGCACCUGUGCUGCUGGCUGCUGGAAAUGGGGAGGGGAGCGGCGCCAGAAGCAGCUGCGCGCCCCGCCCCGCGGGCUCCUCCCCGCCGCCGCGGCCCCUUAGCUGCUGCCCCGAUGCGCUGUGCCCGAAGCCCAGACUCAGUAGUCACCAGAGUCUUUGGGGCACCCGGGCUGUCGCCGCCGCUGCCCACACCCCUCGCGGACCCCAUUGGCCGCAUGGAGUCUCCCGAGGGCGCUGGUCCGGGAGAGAUCGUUAAGGAAGUCAAGGUACCCCAGGCUGCCCUGAGUGUUCCAGCUCAUGAGACAGGGGACACUUGCCAUACACCUGUGGCAGAGGAGGAAGAGGUUGGCAUCCCAAUACCAGCACCAGGGUUCCUGCAGGUCACAGAGAGGAGGCAGCCUCUGAGCAGUGUCUCCUCUCUGGAGGUCCACUUCGAUCUCCUGGACCUCACUGAGCUGACCGACAUGUCUGACCAGGAGUUGGCCGAGGUCUUUGCGGACUCCGACGACGAAAACCUUGCCACCGAGUCCCCAGCAGGUCUGCACCCAUUAUCUCGGGCCAGCUGCCUACGCUCGCCGUCCUGGACAAAAACAAGGGCGGAGCAGAACCGUGAGAAACAGUCCCAUGGUGACCCAGAGCGGCAAGGGACAAUUGUGGACACAUUCCUCACAGUGGAGGAGCCCAAGGAAGAUUAGCCCAUCUCCUCCUGUCCUGGAGUUGCUGAAGGGCUGGGCCAGACCACCAUAAUGGCACCGUGGGACAGUACUGGCACAAGAGGCACUCUGCCAACAAUAAGACUCCAGCCAUCACCCCUGACAACGCGUCAAAGUCCAGGUGCCAGGCUUAGGCCUCUGGACGCUCUAGCAAAAGCACAGCCCAGUGGCCUUCAGUCCUGUUGGUUCCUGGACCCUGAAUCAGGGACGACAUUGAAUGGAGUCUCUGCCUUGGGAUGAGAGAAGGAACAGACAACAGUGACCUGGGUCUUGUCAAAACUUGUCUCUAGGACAAGACUUUCCGUCUCUUGUGAUUCCAAAUAGGUUCAAAGUAAGGGAUCCAAUCCCACAAGAGCUGCCCAGGAACCCGUAGGGGUUUGUCUCCAACAUCAGUGAGCUCGAAAGCCCAAAGUAGAUUUGGUGGUAGGUUAAGGUGGUAGCUCUGCUGUCCAGCCAACUGGCAGUGGUGUUAUUCCUAAGUGUUAUUUUCUAAGAUUUCCACCUUGACUUAAAAUUUUACAUCCUUCCUCUGCCCUAAGCAGGCAUUACUGUUUCCAGUCUCCUCCACCCCAGGCCGCUCCGCUUUGUGACUCUGUGGGUGUGACAGUUCAGAGGCGGAGAAGCUGCCCCAAGUCUUCCUUAGUUCAGAACAUCCAACCUCAGUGACGACUCCCAGAUUGCUUGGAAGGACGGAGUGCCAUCUCCCCAGUCCUGUGUCUGUCAGAAGGGCACACUGUGUCUGUGCUCCAUAUCCCAUUGCCUAGCCUGACCACCCACACAUCCUGUCAGAUGUUCGGUUGGGCGGCUCCGACACUGUGGAUCUGUCUCAGGAGCAGCUCAGGGGUGGCAGGAGCAACCUAGCCACCCACUGUGCUGUGAGAUGCUGGGCACUCAGUUUAGACUCUCAGUGCUCCUUUCAUGUGCACACAUGAAACACACUGGCUGCUCUAACCACAGAUCAAAGACUGGUUUUCAAAUAAAGGCUUACUUGCUUUUUGUCCCUAG